AUGGCCAUCCGCGAAAAAGCAAGGGCGCUCUUCAAACCCAAAUCCAGCAAAUCCUCAGACAAAUCCUCCUCCCUCUCCAAAUCCUCCACGCAAGAGCGAUGGCCCUCCAACGUCUACAAGCCCGGCGAACCCAUGCCGCGGCCCAAGUACCGCAUGCCACCCAAGAAGGAACACAAGGAGAAACUCGAAGCCUUCUCCUUCGCCGAGGCGUGGCGGAGGAAAUCGUUCCAAUCGCAAUACUCGCCCAUGGGGACGCGAGCGCCGAGUCGGAUGGCGAGUCGGCGGAACAGCUGGCUGAGCAUGGGCCGGAAGAGUUUCAGCGGGAAGAGCGCGACGGACGUUGGGCGGAGCGCGACGGACGUUGGGCGGAGCGCGAGUGUCACGAGCGGGGAUACGGAGAAGAGCUCGGCGGUGCACAAGAGGGAACAUCAUGCGCUUCAUCCGCAUCAUUUGGGCGCGGCGAGGCAGACGGCUUUGUCGGGCGGGAAAGUCGCGGAGCAGGAGGGGGAUGACGAUGUUGCGAAUGUCGGCCUCUCAAGAGUCCACUCGCGAGACCACGCGCAUCCACCGAAAACCGCUGAAGCAUCACGACCGCAGAGUAGCGCAGGCGAGAAGCGAUCCGACACCCCACAAGAUCAGAUGAACAGCCUCUCCCAAUCCCACACGAUCACCGCCCACGACCACCAGCCAUUCACCGAGCACGAUCUCGCGCUGGCCCUGAAGAGGUCGCAUUUGGCCGUGCCCACGCAGGGCUGA